AUGGAGAUUGGGCCAGCUGGACUGAAGCGUGUCACUGUCCACUUUGAAGACACAGUUCGCCAAGCAGCUUUAUCCCUGAAAGAGCCCCAUGACCUCGAAUCCAGUGACGAAGAAUUAAAACACGGAAAUGAUGAUUACAGCAGCGAAGAUGAGUGGGAUACAGAUUUAGAAACACCGUCCAAAGACGAACAGAGGACUCACAGAACGGCUGAUCUAACAGGGAAAUCAUCGUACUUACGAACGUGUCGCGCGCUCGGAGUUCCACCGGUUUCUGUCGUACUUGACACGAUUCAUACUUCGGAGAUCGCUUUGCCACAUCACGGGUUAGGGCCUAAAGGUGGUAGGGCUCUCGCUAGGGCGCUCGUAAAAAGCACCACUGUUGCGAAACUCGACUUGCAAGAAAACAGCCUGGGCGAGGAAGGAGUGGAUUACUUUGCCAAGAUGUUCUUCGAGAACUGCUACAUAACAUGGGUAAAUCUCUCUGGAAACUCGAUAGGUUCGAACGGUGCUCGAGCAAUGGGGAGCGUCCUCAAGGAAAACCAAGCCCUACAAUGGCUUGAUCUGUCUUUCAACAACUUUGUUGACAAGGACGCGAGACCACUCGCUGAGGGUUUAAAAAGCAGCACAACCCUUAAAUUCCUCAACUUGAGUAGAAACUCAUUUUGCGAGGCAGGCGGAGAGUUAUUAGGUCUAGCCUUGGAGGAAAACAAUAGCAUCACUGAGCUGAAUCUUAGCUGGAAUCAUUUGCGGUUAAGGGGAGCUAUUGCCAUCUGCAAAGUCAUGGCAAAAAAUAGCGCCAUCAAAAUCCUCGAUCUGUCCUGGAAUGGUUUUGCCGACGACGGAGCGGAAGCAAUGGGAAACGCGCUGAAAAAGAAUGACGCGCUUCUUGAACUGGAUCUAAGCCACAACCGCAUAAGUGAAAAAGGUGCGUUUGGAUUAGCUAAGGGUUUGGAAAUAAGCAGAAGACUACGAGUGCUGAAGAUUGGAUUUAAUCCUUUCGGAAACCCUGGAGCAUAUGCUUUCUUAAAAGCAAUCGAAGGAAACCCGAAUUCAGCCUUGGAUGAAAUCCAUCUUGACAACAUUACUUUAAAAGAGAACUUUGAAAUCCUCCUGGCAGAGUUAAUGAAAAACAAGCCCGCCUUACAAGUCACCUAUGCUGUUUCCAUCCAUGACAGAAAAAGAGGCUCCGAAGCCGGUUACCAUGACGACCAAGGCAAUGACACCGGAGGGCGAAUGAAGCAUGAAUUGCUGACAGCAUUGAAGACGUUCCUGUCGGAGAGAAGACUUCGUGCUCUGGACCUUUUCAACUGCUUGGAUAAGGACAAGACACAGAGUGUGUCUCCAAAUGAGAUGUUUAUCGGUCUGAAGAAACUCAGCGUGCCGCUAAGUGACUUACAGUUGAAGAGACUGAUCCGCGUACUCGACAAAGACGGGGACGGAGAGAUCGAUUAUGGAGAGUUCGCCGCAGUCAACGAAAAAUAA